GUCAUAAAGAUUUAUUCCUGGUUCCAUAAUCGUGAUUACAAAUUUGUGCGUCGCAUGCCAAGUUUUCGUUGACGCGACAGGUGCGAUGUUACUUGCACCUGCAGUCCUUGACAGAUUUAUGCGCUGUGGAAGGAGUGAGCUGCCGCCCAUCUGCUUGGAUAAUUUUCCACUACCUGGACUCACAACCACAGCCUUGGCCAAUUCAUGGUUAUAGAGAGGCAGUUUCUUUCAGUAAUACCUGUUAGUACAGGAAACUGACCCUUUUGUGUCUUCGUGAACCCAAAAGCACGAUCCAAGAUGCCAUCCAAGCGUUCCAACAAGCGCAAGACCAAAGAGGACCAUGAACUCUCAGAUGCAACUACUGAAUUUCUCGCCCGAGACGAACCAAGGCGUCCCACUAAGCGUACCAGAGGUACAAGCCUUUCGCGUCUCGAUGAUUCCGACGACGACGCCGGUCGGGAUGGCAAUCGUGGUUUCCAGACCUGGGCCAAAUGGCUAGACGAUAUCAAACGGGAAGAAGCCGCAGGCACGAAGAAGUGGACCAAGGCUUUUGAGCAAAAGGCGGAUAAACAGGACAAGCAGCUGAGAUCGCUACUGCAGACGCACGAAAAUGACCAGGAAGAGCAGCAGCAAAUGCUCACUAGCAUAUUCGGGAAGGUGUACGCCACGGCAAGCCAGCUAUCGUCUACGGGUAAUAGUAUCAGGGAACUGGCAGAUGAUGGCCUAAGCCUCGUCAAAGAAGCACGAGAUCUGAUCGCCGACAGUCGUAUGGUUGUCAAGUGCUAUACGGACCUUAAUGAAAGCCUCAAGACACACAAUAUUGAGCUUCCUGCAGCCACACUCAAGAAAGACAAGCAGGACAUCAAGGAGCUACUUGCUUGUGGACGCGAGCAUGGCGAGACCAUUGCGAAUGGUCAUUUGGCGCCGCAUACGUACUCACCACCCAACCUGGAGAAUGGGCACAACGCGCACGACCACACAGCGGCGGACAUGUUUCAAGAGAGUCGCAGGACCAUACAGGAUAGUGUCGGUAGUGUGGUUGAUGAGCAGCUGCAAGGCUUUAAGCGACUGGUGACUACAAUGUCGCCAGAAAGAAAUAGAGCUUGA